AUUCUUCACUCUCGUAUAGGUAGACUCCACAGACGUGCCUAGAAUUCGCACACAUAACAGUGUGAUCCGGGCGACCCCUUCACAUAUUCCGCAUUAAAUGCCGCCAAGUGAUCUCGGCUAUUGGCUUGCAGGGACGACUUACCGAAUGCUGCUCAAUGUCUCGGUGAGACGAGGUCGGAUUUGUCACAACCUGGAGUCUCGACGCCUUUGUGCGGCAACAUCCGCAGUAUUGGUUCGCUUGGCCACUUGACAAAUAAUGCCUUGGACAGAUGCAGUGUCCAGCGCUUCGUGGGUUCGACUAGGCGUGUGCUGUGCUCUGAAAUCAAACCAAAACGACCUACCUCUGAGUCUCGGCGCGAGCAUCCUUUGUCGCGCCCGCACAGGCCUCGCAAGCCCGCGGCCUGUAGUGUAUAAAUACAAGCCCGACUUAGUCGGAGAGUCCCCAGUCCGGAGAGCACUUCUGCCCAUCGACGAACAUGUUCUCCAAGACCACUCUCUUCGCUACCUUCCUUGCCACCGUCGCCAGCGUGGCGGCUCAUCCCCUAGAUGUCUGGGAUCCCAAGAUCAUCACUCCCAAUAGCUAUACUGUCUGGGCUCCCGGCGGCACCUACAACGUCACUUGGGAUACUUCCGAUGCCCCCGCUAGCAUCAGUGAGGGCUCCGAGGUUGUCCUCGCAAAGAGUGGCGUCCUGGAUUCUGCCAACCCUCUCGCUCAAGGGUUCGACCUGCGUGCCGGCUGGGUCCCCGUCACCAUCCCCGCGUCCACGAUCCCUGGCAGUGACUACUCUAUCGUUCUCUUCGGCGACUCUGGUAACGCCAGCCCGGAGUUCGCCAUUGAGUACCUAAAACCUGUACAACUCUGAGCCCAUCUGGGCGCACUCAGCACAGAUGAUGUUUAACCCUCACACGGACUGUCAUUUUUUGUCUUGUACUGAACCCCCGACCGUGACAAUCAUGGCUUCUCACGAACCAAACUUUGUCUUCGCGACGGGUUUGAACGUUUUGGGCUGCUAGCAAAUACCCCCUCCACAACCGGUCCUGUUCGACAUAUCUUCAAGCGCCAUCCGGUAUUCUGCUCACGCAGCCUAAAUCGCGAUGGGGAGGCGCGACCUCGCUGAAGCUCAGACGCGUCUUGUGGAGGUUCUUCUGAAGGACGUAACGAGGAAUGGAGCACAUAUUCACCCAACACGAAGAUAGG